ACGUCGUCGAAGUUUGAACACCAUCGAACCAACAAGCAGCAACAUGGACCCGCAAGUCGACAUUGACGUGAACGAAGAAGAUGAUGAGAUGAUCCUGGAGGACGAGGUCACGGAGGAGUAUGAAUUGGGCGACAUGCCAGAGGAUGACGACGACGACGACAUGGACAUGGGCGACGAAAACGAAGCCGAAGUAACUGCGGAAGUCGUGGACGACGCGCGCCAGGUCUUCCGAGGCCACUCUGGCCCGGUGUAUGCAUUGGCGUUGCAUCCCCUCGACAAGAGCAUCGUGUUGAGCGGCGGUGGUGACGACGUCGGUCUCAUCUGGAGUCUGGACGAUCUGUCCGUGAAACACGUGCUUAAAGGGCACGAGGACUCGGUCGUGGCGGUCGGGUUCAGCUGCGACGGGUCGUUUGCCGCGACCGGGGGCUACGACGGUGUGGUCAAGAUCUGGGUCGUCCAGACCGGUGCCCUCGUGCACACGUUGGACGGUCCGUCCCAGGAAAUCGAGUGGAUCAAGUGGCACAACAAGGGCAACGUCAUCCUCGCCGGGUCUGCCGACGGCACUGCGUGGAUGUGGCUCGCUGCUACGGGCGAGUGCAUGCACGUGUUUGCUGGCCACGAAGACUCGGUCACGUGCGGCGCGUUCACGGGCUCGGGCAAGAUGAUCGUCACUGGGUCGGCGGACGCCACCGUCCGGCUGUGGAACCCCAAGACGGGCGAGUGCAACCACGUGUUUCGCGGACACGAGUUCCACGAAGGCCCGAUCUGCGACGUCGUGUGCCACCCCAAGCAGCCCGUGAUGAUUUCGUGCGCGCAAGACGGCACAGCGCGUCUGCUGCAGCUCCAGGGGAAGCGCCAGCUCGCCGUGUUUGUGCAUGGUGUGACAGAGUCGAACCGCGGCACCGUCGCCGACGACGAAGGCGGCGCCGUGAGCUCAGUCGAAUGUGCUGGGUUUUGCAAUACACUCAACUGGGCAGCGACGGGGGACCUCGGCGGCGAACUUCGCAUUUGGGACCUGGCUACAUACCAGGUACAUACAUCAAUCGCACUGGGGUAUAUAUACAGUGUCCUUGUGUUGUAGUGCCGCCACAUUUGCCGUCAUGACGCGGGGGUGAUCAAACUCCUAUGGCACCCCACUGAACCGUUUGUGUUUACGGUCACGACAGACGGCGUGAUCCACGUGUGGGACGCACGCACGGGACAGCUGCAGAAGCGCUUCACAGGCCAUUCGGAAAUGAUCCUCGGCGCCGAGUUUGUCGUGCGACAAGGCGUGACUUCGGACCUCGUCACAGCCAGCGAAGAUGAAACCGUCCGGAUAUUCACGCUCAACUAAGAGUCUGGAGCAACAGCCAAUCGCAUUGUCGGAUCAAGUCCAAAUUUUCAAUACCGCGAUGCCUAAUCACGAAGUUCAAAAGGAAUACAGAUCCAUUGAAUCCAUAUGUCGGAGCCACCUUGGGCUCAUGCUAAAGCACAAUCAGGAUACAUAAAGUAUAUGUAUGACACCA